UUCUUUCUCUAUCCAGGAAUUUAAUUCUCUCCUCUCCUUCAAGCAAAGUUGCUCGCUCUCUCUCUUUAUUUAUUCUUUCUUUCUGUUAGUUUCUUGGUUUUCGUGUAGCUUUUUGAGAUCCAAUUCACGAAAAGAGAAAAAAUGGGGUAUUCCCCAAGUAGUUGUACUGACUCUCUAGACCCUCAUCACAAGUCUUCAAACACUCAAACUUUAACCACUAACACUGAUCAUCACUAUGAGCUAAAAAUCAAGUCUUUAAUCUACAAAAUGAUUUGGGAUUUGGGUUUAGCCUGUAUUAUCCCACCUCGAAGACGUCGAAUAGCUAUCAAGAAUCAAAAUGAAGAUAAAAAUGGCAAGAAUUCAGUUCAUUUGGAGCAUAAUAAAGCUUGGUUAUUAGCAGAAGCUGGAGGUUGUGGUGGUCCAGAGUUGAGUAAUGCUGAUCCACAUUCAGCUCAUUCCUCUUUUAGGUUCACUUUAUGUACUCAAGUUGAAGUUGAUCAGUCAAUGAAUGUGAAUCAUGGUCGUACUUCUAAUUCUGCUACUGUGUUGAUGGUGAAUUUGGAUAGUGGUUUGACUGAUCCUAAGUUGAAAGAGAUGAAAUGGAGGAAAGUUGAGUCUUUAGAGAGGAAUAUUUCUCCCGUUGUGAACUCAUUGAUUAGGUUCAGCUAUAAUGAGAUUGCUUCUGCUACUAGAAAUUUUUCUAAAGGUAGAGUUUUGGGAAGAGGAGCCUUGAGCUAUGUUUUCAGAGGAAGAGUGGGAUUUUUGAGGACUACAGUUGCGAUUAAGCGUUUAGAUAUGGAGGAUGAGGAGUCUCCAAAGGCUUUUUGUAGAGAAUUGAUGAUUGCUAGUUCUCUUCAUAACCCAUACAUUGUUCCUCUUGUGGGUUUUUGCAUUGAUCCAGAGGAGGGUUUAUUUCUGGUGUAUAAAUAUGUAUCUGGUGGAAGUUUAGAGCGGUAUUUGCACGGGAAGAAGAGGGGAGGUAAAGGUGGUCCAGCACUAACAUGGUGUGCUAGGUAUAAGGUGGCUGUUGGCAUUGCAGAGUCAAUUGGGUACUUGCAUAAUGGGACAGAGAGGUGUGUCGUUCACAGGGACAUCAAGCCCUCAAACAUUCUUCUUUCAUCCAAGAAGACACCCAAGUUGUGUGACUUUGGCUUAGCUACAUGGACUCCUGCACCUUCAGUACCUUUCCUUUGCAAAACUGUUAAAGGAACAUUUGGGUACUUAGCUCCAGAAUAUUUUCAGCAUGGUAAAGUUUCUGAUAAAACUGAUGUUUAUGCUUUUGGAGUUGUCCUGUUGGAGCUAUUAACUGGACGGAAGCCAAUAGAAGCGAAAAGAGGACCAGGAGAAGAAAACUUGGUUUUGUGGGCAAAGCCACUACUACAGCAAAAUGUUCUUGAAAAGGUUCUUGAUCCAAGACUUAAAUUUCCUCGAAAGAAUUUGCACCAAAUAUCUCGGAUGGUUCAAGCAGCAGCAGCAUGCAUACACAGUGAAGAAUCUCGAAGGCCUGACAUUGAUGAGAUCAUUGACAUGUUGAGAGGCAGAGAAUCUGAUUCCAUCAACAGGAAGAAUAAUAUUUUGCCCAGUAACGGCUGUAUAAUUGAUUACAACCAAUCGCAGCAGACUAGAAGUGAAAUGAAGAGUCAUUUAGCUUUGGCAAUGCUAGGAGUUACAGAGUUUGACGACGAUGACCUUUAUCGUUGUUGAACAAAAGGGUGAAUCUUAAUUUUUUAUCCUUGCUUUGGCAUUCCCUCAUUCAACUUGAAAGGAAAAAGUGUAGUGUGACAAUAACUGGUAAGCUCUUUAACGUGUAGAUAAAAGUGCCUAAUUUAAUAAUUCUGUGUUUGUACAUACUGGUUUCUUGCCCAACUCUGAGGAAAAAAUAUGGAUUUUCUUUUUUCCAAGAUUAGAGAAGAAACAUUCUACCAGAUUUAACCUCUUUUCUUGUUUGCAACUUGCAAGUUAAUCUUUCCUUUGGACUUUCUAAAUGCCUUGUAUUUUGGCUAUCUUAGGCAGGCCCAUAGUCAGCCUACUUUAGAUAUGUAAUUCUGUAUUACUACUUGGUGAGUGAAAGAGUAAAUUGGUGGGCAGUUCUUAU